AUGACCGGGAUUCCACAUCAGAAAACCUGGCUUAUCACAGGCGCUUCAUCAGGCCUUGGAAAGUCUCUCGCCCGCCAUGUUCUCGGGCAAGGCCAUUUGGUUCUGGGCACGACUCGCACGGUUGACAGAGCAAAAGAACAAUACCCUGGAUUUGAGAAAGAGGGAGGUGUAUGGGUUGCCAUGGAUCCCGGAAGAGCUGACACGUAUGAUUCGGUGCUGAAAAUGAUGGAGAAGCACGAAAUAGACGUGGUGGUGAACAACGCAGGGUUUGCGUUUAUUGGGGGCGUGGAAAAUUCAAGUGAGGAGGAAGUGCGUUCUCAGAUGGAGGUCAAUUUCUAUGGACCCCUUCGCCUCAUACGGGCCAUACUUCCUCAAAUGCGCCAGAGGCGAUCAGGGGAUAUCGUACUCAUCAGUAGUGGAGCUGGGUUCGUCGCACGGCCGGGUCGAGGCACAUAUUCAGCCAGCAAGUUUGCAAUCGAAGCGAUUCAUGAAUCACUCUCACACGAGGUCGCCAGUUUUGCAAUCCGGGUUCUCAUCGUAGAGCCCGGCGCAUUUCGCACUCCAUUUGCGUCUAAUAUCGUCACCCCCUUCAAGUACCGGCAAAGCGGAGGCUACAGUGAGGACUACCGAGGAACUUGUGUUGAGCAGAUGGUUGGCGCGUUGGUCAACAGUGAGCAAUUCCUCGAGUCGGUCAGAGGAGACCCGGGAAGAGCGGCGAAGGCGAUAUUCACGUCGGUUGAGAAUGGCCACGAGUACCUUCGGCUACCACUGGGUCAUGACUGUGUGGCAGCGCUAGAAGAAAAGAUUGAAAGUCUUCGGGGAGAUUUGAAUCUGACGCGACAGUUGGCGAUGUCUACAAGUGUUGAUUGA